AUGUUUUCACUAUUAUCAUCAAUAUCAUCUUCACUAUUACCGCUACUAAUUCUAUUGACUACUUGUUGUGAAUUUAAAUGCUUUGGCCAUAAAUUUAAUCUACACUGUCAGCAAAUUAGUGAUAAUCAUAUCCUGUUAAAUUGGACGAGUCCACGAUUUUAUUCAAGAACACCAAUAUUUAUGAGGGAAAAGAUUAGUGAUACCCAAAGUCGUGAUCACGAAUUGAAACACACUCAAAGUUCUCUGAUGAUUAAUACCUCUGAUAAGUGUAAAUUCUACGAGUUUGAGUAUAUAAGUGUCGAAAGAAAGAAUGUAUUGUCUUUUGCAAAUUGUAAAUGUCACUAUAUGCCCGCAAUGUUUGAAAAUAUACGUUUUCGUUUAAAACAAUCGAACAAACUUCAAAUGACUUGGAACAGAAGAAAAAAUGCAUGUAACAAUCACUUUAACACUCUUAUCUUCCAAGUCAGUAAAACAAGAAAUGUUAUAAAAAUGUUGGGAAAUAAGAAUAAAAUAAAACUUAACGUGAAUGGAAAAAAAUAUAAUGAGGUUAUUCUAUUUCCUCAUAAUCCACUUAUUUCAACGGAGAAUCAAAUAGGAAGUUUCGGAAUGCCUACUCGUAUCACUUUUAGAAAACCCGAACUCUUCUUAGCUACAAAAAUAUAUCGGGGAAUAAAAAUUAGAAAACUUGCUGGAAAUAUGAUUUUAUUGACAUGGAAACUGAGUAAAAUCGCCUCUAAAAAACCAUAUUUUAUGGUUAUUUUGCGUGGUUCAUCAACAAGCUCACUUAGAAUGUCGGUUAUCGGUAGCCGUGGAAAUACUUUCAAACCUUUGAAUGUCCCAUUCAAACAAAAAUAUCGAAUUACUAUUUAUCAAUAUUUGGAUGGUAUGCCUGAUUGGCCAACAGUGAUAACUAUACGAAAUCCGUGUGCAAAAUGCAAACUUAACGUUAAAAUAGAUCAACUCCAGUGGAAAAAAGAAAAUGCUGAUAAUCAAUUAAUAUUUUACGGCAAAUAA